AUGCUCCUCACUGUGGAGUCAUUGUUUUCUCCAGGUCGGUUUGAGUCACUGCAUUUUCAGAAUGACUUCAAGUGUAACGUAUUUUCCUACCUGAACAAGAUGAGAAGUUUCUGCAUCUGCACCACCUGCCUCCUGAGUGUUCUUCAGGCCAUAAUUAUCAGCCCCAGCAGCUCUUAUAAAUACUGUUGGCUUUUCCAUCAUCAGAAGAUUGUUUCUUACUCUGUCAUUAUCCAGAGAUGUUUUGCUUAUAAGAAUAAUGCUGCCUUCAAGUGCAUACAUUUGUUCAGGCACCAGAAGAAAUUCCGGUACUUUCACAGCACCAGCCUCUCCCCAAGACCUUCCCCAGAGAAAAGUGCCACUCAGACCAUCUUGCUCCUAGUGAGUUUCUCUGUGGUCAUCUACUGGGUUGAUUUCAUCAUCCCAUUGACCCCAGCCUUGCUAUGGGCAUAUGACCCUGUUGUCCUGGGUGUCCAGAGGCUUGUGGGCAAUGUAUAUGCCACUGUCGGUCCUUUUGUUUUACUCAGAUCUGAUGAAAACAUCAUCAGUGUGAUGAAAACU